UCCUACUAAAAGAGAGAUGGUUGGGAUCAGGUUUCUCUUCAUUACUGGAGUGGGGCAGAGAUUCAGGUGGUAGGAGAAGCAGAUGGGCUCAGACAGAUAAUGAGUAGCCUCUCAGACAGACACUACAAACAAGAGAUGGGCUUCUCUGCAUAAACCAAAGUACAAUUGGAAAGGAUCAUGAGAAGACAAAUGCCUUUGGAUAUUAAAUUAAGUCCACCUCAAGACAGCCAGGUUCAGUUUCGCUGUCCAUCUACGACGGGGAGCUAAGGAUGGCCAAUUUGUUGACUUUUAUCAACGGUUACUAUGCUCUCUACCUAGAGGUUUAUUAAGCUGUGGUGCUGAAAUGGCCAGCACCCAGCAAACUUGGCAUCUCAAUGACUCCUGGAAGGGCAAUGGUGGCGGAAACGGCUUUCCAGGCAACUUUGCCUUCUCCUGGACUGUAUUCUUGGCUGUUCUCAUGGGGAUCUUGAUAGUCGCUACAGUGCUGGGCAACGCUUUGGUUAUGUUGGCUUUUGUAGUAGACUCCAGCCUUAGGACUCAAAACAACUACUUCUUGCUCAAUCUGGCCAUCUCUGACUUUCUAGUAGGGGCUCUGUGCAUCCCCCUCUAUGUCCCUUACGUCCUCACUGGCAGAUGGAGCUUCGGCAGAGGCGUCUGCAAACUGUGGCUUGUACUGGACUACUUAUUGUGCACCUCCUCAGUUUUUAACAUCGUCCUGAUCAGCUAUGACAGGUUUAUCUCAGUGACCAGAGCGGUGAGCUACAGGGCUCAGCAAACUAACAGUAGACAUGCAGUGCUGAAGAUGUCCAUGGUUUGGAUACUGGCCUUCCUUCUAUAUGGACCUGCCAUUAUAACCUGGGAAUACAUUGCUGGCAAAUCCAUCAUCUUGGACGGAGAGUGCAUUGCUGAAUUCUUUUAUAACUGGUACUUUCUAAUCACAGCUUCCACCAUAGAAUUCUUCACUCCUUUCAUAAGUGUGACCUUCUUUAAUGUGUCUAUCUAUCUGAACAUCCGGAAGAGGACAAAGGCCAGACUGGACCUCUUGCAAGAGCCGUACAGCCAGACAGCCACCGAAAAUAUAAAGCCAACACCAGAACCGCCCAGGUCAAGUUCUUUGAAAUGUUGGAAAGUGACACAAAAAGCAAUUAAAAAAGGACGCUCUGAUGAUGAGGCCUACAAGUCAGCAGAGGCUGAAAUACUGGAAAGGGUUAAAGGAGUUAAAAGGUCUUCUUUAAAUGGGAGUACACUAUCUGUUUUAGGUAAAACAAGAAGUACUAGAAGAAGCUUUACAGAGUCGGGAUCCACCCCGUCAUUGGAGAAGCGCAUGAGGAUGGUCUCUCAAGGAAUUGCCCAGCGUUUCAGAUUGUCAAGAGACAAAAAAGUAGCAAAGUCUUUAGCCGUCAUUGUCUGUGUAUUUGGAAUAUGUUGGGCACCCUACACCUUGCUGAUGAUCAUUCGGGCAGCCUGUAGAGGCCACUGCAUUCCAGAAUAUUGGUAUGAGGCCUCCUUUUGGCUCUUAUGGGUUAAUUCAGCUGUCAACCCUGUUUUGUAUCCUCUCUGCCAUUAUAGCUUUAGGAGGGCAUUCAAGAAGAUUUUGUGCCCACAAAAGCUUAAAAUUAAACCACAUAAUAAAUUUCAUCUCUGUUGGAAAUGAAUGACCCCCCCAAAAGAAAAAAACAGAAAAGCUAUGCAUAAAGCAAUAGUGAAGAAAUCAAAAGGUAGAACAAAAAACAUUCAAUGAAUCCAGAAUGUGUUACAAAAAGGUUAGAUUGCAGGUUAUUACAGAUUUUGGAAGGCCACUGUUUGAGCAAAAUGUCCGGAAUCGUUAUUUCCGAGGAGAUCAAACAUUUAAAGAGGAGUUCUCUUACAACUUUGUGGAUCCUGGUCCCUCUCCUAGUAUUGUCUUGUUUUAUGGUUACUCCUAGUGGUGUCACCAUACUCUAGAUCUUGGCAUUAAUGGUCUUAACCACACCUAGAGAUCUCAUUUAUGUUCCAUCAAUGGAUGUAAUUCUAUAUCUUAAAUAAAACAUGCUUCAAAUAUG